AUGGCUUUACGUAGGGCCAUGUCGUUUGAUAGAAACUUACGAUCUAAUCCGAUCAAGUGUAAACAGGUUGUUGAUUUCAUGGACAAACUUCUAGUGAAUCACCAUGCAGAGUUAGCCCCGGAACUACCUGCUGUGUCUGAACGAUGGUACUUACCUAUGUUCGCCGUACAUCACCCUAAGAAACCAGAAAGUGUACGCGUGGUGUUCGACUCUUCGGCUAAGUAUAAGGAUUCGUCGUUAAACUCUGUGCUAUUACAAGGCCCAGACAUACUGAACAACUUGCUUGGUAUAUUACUUCGCUUCCGGAAAGAUAAAGUUGCCGCAACCAUGGACGUGGAGCACAUGUUUUAUAACUUCAAGGUGCCCGAAAAGCACCGUUGCUACUUACGAUUUUUGUGGCACCAGAAUAACGACAUUGACCAGCCGCUUAUUGAAUAUCAAAUGACUAGACAUGUGUUUGGUAAUUGUACCUCACCUUCCAUCGCUAAUUAUGGAUUCCGGAAAAUUGUCGAGGGUGCGGAUAAGGACGUACAAGACCUCAUCAAUGAAAAUUUCUAUGUAGACGAUGGAUUAGUGUCGUGUAAAACCGUGGACCAAACAUUUGACCUCGUGCUUCGAACUCAGCAAACGCUGCAGGAUAGAGGGAGAGUAAGACUCCACAAGUUUGCCUCGAACAGUAGGCAUGUACUCAACGCUUUGGAUCAAGCUGAUUUAGCCAAGAAUCUGAAGGACUUAGACUUAGGAACUGCUACACUUCCUACUCAGAGAAGUCUAGGACUUUUAUGGAAUACUGAAAGUGACUCUUUCAUAUUUAGCGUGAAUCAGGUGGAAAAACCAUACACCAGACGUGGCCUGUCGUCAACCAUCAACAGUGUCUUUGAUCUUAUUGGAUUUGUACAACCUGUCGUUAUCGAGGGGAAAAUUCUUCUUCGAGAGAUGAUGUCCGUCACCAAGAAAACUGACUGGGACGACCCAUUACCAGAGGCCUUACACGACAAAUGGGUCUCGUGGAUACAUUCAUUAGCCUGUCUCGAGGAGCUUCAUAUCCCUAGAAUGUACAGUGACAUUUCGUUUGAAGACGCCAUCCGCAGAGAAGUCUUGGUCUUUGCAGAUGCUUCAAAGAACGCAAUAGCUGCCUCAGCAUACCUCAAACUUUAUGAUGUCAAUAGAUCAACUAUCAGCUUCCUAAUGGGCAAGGCUAAGGUGGCACCCAAUCAUGGCCAUCCAAUCCCUCGAUAUGAAUUAUGUGCAGCGGUCCUCGCUACAGAAAUUGCAGAAAGCAUAGCAGAACAGUUGAGCACUCACAAGGACAACUUUAGUUUCUUCAUGGACAGCCAAGUGGUACUUGGAUAUAUCUCCAAUGAGUCCACCCGCGGUCUAUAUGCAUCACACCUGUCUGGCUCGUUAUGGCUCAACUGCCCAGAGGACACCUUGGACGUUGUAUCAGAUACAGGUUACGGUCUUGUUAAUCCAGAACAGGAUGUAGAAAUUCGUCUAGAAGUAACUUGCGCGUUGCAAUCUGUGGAAAUCAAGGAUAUUGCGAAACCUGGGGUUCCAUUUUCAGACUUCUUCUCUAGAUUUUCAUCAUGGAACAAGCUACUCCGUGUUAUUGUUCGUAUCAAGUUUUGGGUUUGUCGACAUCGCAAGGAUGGGCAUUCACCUACUCGCUUUGAUGACCCUGAGUUAUUGAGAAAUAGUGAACUUCCGAUCAUUGCAUGUGUGCAAAGAGACAUAUUCGCAGAGGAGAUAAGUUGUAUCAAAGACAGAAACAGAAUUCCACGCAACAGUCCACUUAAAUCCCUCUCACCCGUCAUUACAAAUUGUGUUCUUCGAAUUGGUGGAAGAUUGAACAAUGCACUUAACACUGAUAUCACAGAGCAUUUCUGUAAUCCUAUCAUACUUCCAAAGAACCACCACAUUACUCGCUUGGUUAUAAGGCAUUACCAUCAUGAGACGUACCACCAAGGUCGACAUUUUACGGAGGGGCACUCAUUGACAUUGCCAUUGCCAUUGACGCUCUGCUGGAUAUUGGGUAAUAGGAAUGAAGAGAAUGAUUUCUGCAGAGAUCAGCCGAUGUGUGGUGUGUCGCAAAUUACGCAGUAA